AUGAGACUCUCGUUUUCCACUCUUUUGGCCGUCCAGGCACUGGUCGGCUCUAGCAUAGCCGCCGCUUUGCCGGAAAAGGCCAUUCUUCGACCAGUCCAGAAGCGACAAAACUCCAUCCCAGCUACACCCCUUGGACCAGCCAAAUUCACCCCGAAGACCAACGUCACCUUGCCCUAUGAAGGGCUCAACGCGACCAACGCCCUCGUCAGGGCUAUGAUGAAGCAACCUGCCGUCUUAUUAGAGAACAUCGAGACAAUCACCGAUGUUGAGUGCUCGGCUGCUGGACUUGUCCUCAAGUUUAGCGCUACCGAAGACUACAACACAUGCUUGGGCGCAUGGCCAGCAAAGGACUUCAUCAUUAUCACGAACCACAAUGGGACUUGCGACAGCGAGCACGAGCGCGGUGUCUACGUGGUCCAGAACUACACCUUUGACAAUGCCACCUUGACUCUUACUGCUUCGUCUACCAAAGCAGAGAUCAGUGAUCAGAUGAAUGACGCAGUCAUCGAUUUCCAGCACACUGGCACUGCUACGACCAAGCGUGAUCUCUCCGGAACCAUUUCCGCAGACCUUUCUGGCUCCACACUCGUUGCGACGGAUGCCUUGAAUAUUGUCGCCAAUGAGGCCAGGCUGGAAAGCACAGUCACCUUAGCCGGCCAUGUUCACUACAACUUCUGGAAGUUCAAGGUUGACGAGUUCUACAUUGAUGUCGACUACUCGUCUGCUUUAAACCUCAAUGUCUCUGCUGCAGUCAACGCCCAGUAUUCGACCAACUUGUACAACUACAACCCUCUUUCCGUAUCUGUUUCUGCCUUCACUAUUCCCGGCAUUAUCGAUGUCGGCCCCAUAGUGAACUUCGGUCUGGGCAUCGAAUUUGCUGCAUCCGGUGUUGUCAAGGCGUCUGUGGACGUCGUCUCCACUAUUGCCGAUGCUCAAGUUCACCUUGACUUUUUGGACUCCGCCAAGACCUCUACCACAGGCUGGAAGCCGCAGACCAACGUCUCCACGGAUAUCACCGCUCAAGUUGAACUUCAGCUAAAUCCGUUUGCUGAACUGACCGUUGCCCUGGGUGUCAAGCUCUUCAAUGGCCUCCUGGACAUGUCUGCUGGAGUCGAGGCGAAGCCUCAGGUCGUCAACGUAUUUGCGGUGGACUUUGACUUCGCUUACACCAGCGCCAGUGAUGUUACCUUUGCAAAGCCUACUGGGGAUCAGUGCAAGAAUGGUGCUUGGUUUGCUAGCACUUUCCACUUGGGCGUUGAUGCAUAUGUCACGCAGUUCUACACCAAGAAAUUGUACGAGGUCGAUGUGCCGAUUUACCAGUCGCAAUGCUGGAAUUUUGUCCACUAG